CAGACAAUCCAAGAUGGCGUCUUGUUUAAGAUUCUUUCGCCUUGGCUUUGCAGGUAAUGUUUUUCUUCGUUUAUAUAAUCGAACCAACCCUUACGUGAUCAAAUUAGUGUUAAUAAGCUUAGUUUGAAACAUCGCUACUGUGGUUUUGUAUUUCAGUUUUUGCGAGGCCUUUGGUGGUUAAUUCAAACUGCUGUGCGCGGCACUGGAGCACACAUUCUGCUCUUCGAGCAGGCCAAAAAAUAAGAUUGGGGUACGUGCUAAGCUUUAGAGUGUGUGUUUUUAAAUCUUGAAGUCUCUAAAAUGGUUUUUAAUUGACCCACCAUAUGGUAAUAAAAGGCGAUCGAUCAAACGCACAUCCGCAAAAAAAAAGACGUGGGGUGCUAUCCGGUCACUUCACCACCAAACCAUCUGGCCACCAUCCUCGGAGACCCAGGGGCAGUCAGUCGGGUCGGGAGAAAGCUAAGGACGCGACGAAAGGUGUCAAGUACGGGCGAAAGAGCCCCUGGGUACCGACUCUCACCGAACUAUUUCCAAAAAUUCAAGCGGAUGCCAGCUCCUGAUUGGGCACAAAAAAUGCUUUGUAUUAUUGUGCCCAAUCGGCGAACAGUUUCUCCUGAGUUCUUUUCGUGAGUUCGUACACAACGGCUAUUGUUUUGAUCAUGGAUUGUCUGGCUCAUGCACCAAAGAAAUGCACGCAGUCAGGAAACUUUCAAUUUGAUAUAAAAUCCCCAUCUGAUUAUCAUAUUUAAGACAAAAAUCACUGGUGGUAGUGAAACUUUUCUGCCUUUUUUUUUAAUCUGUCAAAUGUCAAAGUUUACAUUUGCCGACCCUGUUAUCUGUAUUUAGAGUAUUACUGCACUUUUCAAAAACACGCGAACUCUAAAAUUUUAAAAGCAGCUAUCAUAAAUGCGUUUUUAGCUGCCAUCAAUCAUAAUUAUGAUCACAAGCAACGAACCUUGAAACAGGGACACACAAAAUGGAUCAAAAUCUGCCAUUCACAAAUCACUAACCAUGAUCGCUCAUUAAAUUUUGGACUCGUUGGAGUAAACUUCUGUUUCGUAAGAGGUCUGCUAAGAGGAUUAACAGCAGCGAAAAAAGCAAACGUCAGUUGGCUUUUGAACUUCAGAAUUCACGUGCUUAUGAAAAGAGCAGUAAGAGAAUCAGUAAUUGGACACAAGGAUCGUCAAUAUUUUAUUAGGAUCAACAGAUUUGUAUUUGGGUCCACUUCAAAUUUGAAUAAGCUUAAGGAAAAAGUAAAAUGUAGGUAACCAAUACUAGGUAUUAAACUGUGUCAAUUGCUUCAGAGUUAUUCAUAGGUGGCAAGUCGACUUCUUGGUGGCAAUUUUGUUGUUGGUGAGAUGGUUUGGUGGUGAGAUGACCAUAAUCCGUGAGGGACAGCAUGUUACGGUCAUCUUACCACCAAACCAUCUCGCCACCAAUGACAUCUCCACCAAGAAGUCUACUCACCAUCAUAUAUAACUCUGAAGUACAGGUAAUUUGACACUGUUUUCUUACCUAGGAUUGUUACUUCUUCCUCAAGCCCAAAAACAAGUUUUUCGAUUAAUUAUGAUUUUUUAUACCUUAAUAGGGCUUAGCCUUCCUUAUAAAAGUAGGGUAAUAUUAGAGCUUGAACCUUGCCUCCUUAAAUUUCAUUGUAAAUUUAAUGUGGAGGAUUUUUUUGUUUAGAGACUUGUCCUUUCAUUAAGCAUUAAGAUAUAAUUGUUCUUGGUAGUGAGAAGGUUUGGAGGCAAGGUGAUGAGAUAUUCUUUAUUUAUUUCGUUUUUUUUAUUUAUAAACAGCCGAGGUCAGGCAAAAGAUGGAAUUGCUUAUGGACCACUUACUGAUUUGCCAGACUGGAGUUAUGCAGGUAAUAAUAUUGAUUUUAAAAAGAAGGUUCUAUAA